AUGGAGAGGUUCGACAAAUGCAGAAUUUCAACCAGAGCUAUUGGAAGAAAUGGGUGUUGGUAUGCUGCCAGGUGUAUCUGUAGAGAAAAGCCAUUAAUUGAAUGCAUAAACAAUAAUUCUCAAUCGAAUAAAGGAGUUUUUACAAAUAAUUCGAGUAUCCCUUUAACGACAGUUGGAAAAGGAAUGAUUAAUGAAAAACAAGAAGUUAAUGACGAUGCGGAAAAGUCUAAAUUUUCAAUUCAAAAAGAAGAAUCAGACGAUGGUUGUAUAUUAGACAGCUGUGAAGAUAGUUCAACUAAAGAGAAUUCAAAGAGUUUAAAAUGGGAAAAAUUAAAACCCAUUAAUUGUAAAAUUAGAAAUUCAAAAAUUAUUUAUCAAAACGAAAUAACUGUUGAUAAUAAUAGUAAGUCUGAUGCUGUUGACAUUACCAAUAAUAGUAAUAAUAAAGAUAAAUUUGAACAUUUUAAAAAUCAUAAAGAGGAAAAAAUAAAAAAAUUUGUCGAUGAUUCUGACUUUUUCCUAAGUCGAAGGCCAAAAAUUGAAAAUUCCGGAGUUGAAGAUGAAGUAAUUUUAAGUAUUUUUUAUUGGCUACCAAAAAAAUCUCUAGUUACUUGUGCAUUAGUGUGCAAACGUUUUCUUACUUUAGCUUAUGAUGAGGUUUUAUGGACCAAAAUGGAUCUUGGAGGCAGGAAUUUACCAUCUAAAUCAGUUGGUUACAUAGUUUCCAGAGGAUUUCGAAUUCUUCGUUUAGCUCAAUCUGCUUUGCCUGAUCCUGUUUUUUGCCCGUUAACAACUAAUUUACCUUCUAACUUUAUAUGUAAACUUCAGUAUUUAGAUUUGUCAAUGGCAUCAAUAUCUCCUUUUGGUCUUGCAACUUUUUUAAACUUUUGCAAAUUUUUAAAGAAAUUAAGUUUAGAAAAUUGUCAUUUAAACAAUAAUUGCUGUAGUGCCAUAGCUGAAAAUGUCGAUUUAGAAGUGCUUAAUUUGACCAUGUGUAUUGGACUCACGACAUCAGGAAUCGAUUCAAUAUUUACCAAUUGCAGACGUUUGCAAGCAUUAAACAUUUCUUGGACUGGUCUAUCCGUUCCUUCGUUAAACUUAAUCGCUUGUAAAGUUCCUUCAAAAUUGGAACGAUUAAAUAUAAGCGGUAAUGUAAUUGAAAUAUUUCAUCGUUGCGAAAAUUUAAUUGAAUUAGAUGUUUCCGAUAGCAUUGAAUUGACGGAUCAAGUAAUUAAUUUUAUUGUUAAAUACGUCAAAAGGAUAGAAUAUUUGUCUUUUUCAAGAUGUUAUUCCAUAAACACAACGAGUUUUCUGUUACUUAAAGACGUACGUAGUUUGAUGUUUUUGGACGUUUUCGGUCUCAUGUCUGAAGAGGAAUUAAACGAUUUAAAAAAUGGCAUGCCGGAUGUUGCUGUCAAUCAAUUUCCUUUUUCAAGCGUUGCCAGGCCCACGGUGGGCUUGAGAAGAACUUCCAUUUGGGGUUUAAAAGUACGAGAUUAA